GGCAACCAUGGUAACGAUAGCGUUCAUGACAUAGCCCAUGACAACGAGCAAGAAGACGUUCAAACUUUAGCCAAUGUCGGGCCGCUUAGAGUCUUCUCUGUGUGGCCAACAAAAACCAAAACUCAAGCAGUACACAGCACGCAAUCGUCGCUCAUUGCUUCCGUGAGGCUGAUCCUACACCUGCAUGGCUUUGCGCUCCCUUACCGUUUCCUAUGUCUCGCACUUGCCGUUUAUACCGGUAUGGAAUUUCCUUUUAGCGUAGAUUUUUUAGAAUUCGAGUUUAAUGUUGUCGAGAAGGACCUAAAGGUUAGGGAUGCGUCCAAGAUAGGACCGCUACAGGAUCUGCCCCAUGAUGAGCAACAUAGAUGUGUUCGCUCGUCUUCGAGAGUGCAGGAACGUCUGGGUCUCGUCAUCGAUGCUUUGGGCGAGGCAUCGUGCGCGGCGCAGGGCCUACCAGCGCCGGUGACCACAAGCGACCGAUUGCAAAACUCGGGCCACCGCGUCUACAUUCUUGUCGAGCCAAACGAUCGUGGAGGCGCUGUGCUGGGCCUGCUGAAGGUGGGCUUCAAGCAGCUGUUUCUACGUGAUGGGCACAGUCGACUUUGUCAGGUGCGGCCGCUUUGCCUCUUGGACUUCUAUGUGCAGCAGAGUAGGCAGCGGCAAGGCUAUGGGAGGCGCCUCUUUGAUCGAAUGGCCCAGACGGAGCAAAUAGCGGCAAAUCAGCUAGCCAUUGAUCAGCCCUCGGAGAAGAUGCUGGCUUUCAUGGAGCGCCACUUUAGCCUCGCCCAACCUCUGCCUCAAAGCAACCACUUCGCUGUUUUUCCUGGCUUCUUUCAAGUAUCUGUCGAGCAGCCACGCCCCCCUGAACAGAAUGUUUCAUCUGAAAAAAUUGUUCGUGCCCGAGUAAGACGUCCACACUCACUGGACUCUUCUCUUGUUGGCAGCUGCUUGGACUGGCCUAGUUACGAAGGACCUCAACCCGCAAGCCGAUCUAGGCAGGUCUAUCGGGGCCGUCAGCCACAGGGCCGCGCCUCCGAAGCCCGAGGUUCGUGGCCGACUCCCCGAGAGCAGCUACAGCCGCGCUGCUCGACCAAGUGCUCCAGCUCGUGGGGGAUCUUCGGCCUGUCACCGCCCGACCACUGCCGAGCCAGUUGGCACUGAGUCUUCUGCUAUUUAUUUAUUCGCGACCUUAUGUAAUAAAUGCCCCAUGGCGAGGGCCACACCGGUGA